CUUCUCUUUCAAAAUCAAAUAUUUCUGCGAAUAAUAUUGAUGAAAAAAAUCAUACAAAAUCUAUGAUUGUUAAUUUAACUGAUUUAUCAAAUAAUGAUAUUAGUCCAACUAUACAAAAUAUUUCAUUUGAAAGAAAAUCAAAUCAAUCAUUAAUUGAUUCUGGACAAUGGACAAAUACAAUGUUAUCAACAACUGGUAAUAAUACAUAUCCAUUAGGUAUGCAAAAUUUACAUCAUUAUCAAUCUUCAAUAUCAAAAAAUAAUUAUUGGCAAUCACAACCAAGUCUUAUUACAAGAGAAUCUGUUAUAAAAGCAGCACGUGAUGUCCUUCCUCCUGGUGUUAUUGAUCGUUUAUGUUCAAAAAAACAUUGA